UAUCGGUUUCGGUUCCCACCGUCCUCCCCGCCGGCCAUGCCGCUCGCCAUGGCCACUCCCACCACCGCCGCCCACCUCGCCUCACCGCCCCUCCUCCCCUCCUUCCCCACCACCCCGCGCCGCCGGCACCUCGCCGCCCCGCGCCGCGGCGCCCGCCUCGCCUCCGUCCCAGACCCCGGGGCGGGGCCCCUGGAGUACACGCCCUGGCUCAUCGCCGGCCUCGGCAACCCCGGCGCUAAGUACCACGGCACGCGCCACAACGUGGGGUUCGAGAUGGUGGACCGCAUCGCGCGGGAGGAAGGCGUCGCCAUGAACACCAUCCAGUCCAAGUCCCUGCUCGGAGUAGGUUCAGUUGGGGAUGUCCCAGUGUUGCUGGUAAAGCCGCAAUCAUACAUGAAUUACUGUGGUGAAGCAAUUGGACCACUUGCUGCCUAUUACCAAGUACCUCUGCGACACAUUCUUGUGAUUUAUGAUGAGACGAGUCUGCCCAAUGGUGUAUUGCGAGUUCAACGGAAAGGUGGUCAUGGCCGCCAUAAUGGCUUACAGAACGUAAUUGAGAAUUUGGAUGGAUGCCGGGAGUUUCCUCGUUUAUCGAUAGGCAUUGGUAGCCCACCUGGUAAAAUGGAUGCACGAGCUUUUCUUCUGCAAAAGUUUAGUUCAGAGGAACGUGUUCAGAUUGACACCGCGUUGGAGCAAGGGGUGGAUGCUGUGAGGACUCUGGUGCUCAAGGGUUUUAGUGGAAGUAUUGAGAGAUUCAAUCUGGUGCAGAAGUACAAGUUCAACAGGGUUUGAUGUAGAUGCUUGGAUCUGCCUACUUUUGGAAGAUGCAUGAAUACACACCAACAUUGUUGGAAGUGUUUGAUGUGCUAAUUUGCAUAUCCUACU